AUGAAUCAUACCUAUAAAUCUAUUUCCGAAAUCAUACCAUUAAAUGAUUAUCCACGUCCACAUUUGCAAAGACAAGCAUGGCUAAAUUUAAAUGGAAUUUGGUCAUUUACAAUAACAUACAUUAAUGAAACAUGGCCAAAAAAAUAUGAACGAAUUAUUGUUGUUCCUUUUCCAGUUGAAUCCUAUCUAUCCGGUAUAAACGAACGUGUUGAUUCAACAAUGUUUCUUUGGUAUAAAAGAAAAUUCAAUAUUUUGCCGCUAAAUUUUCACUUUGAUAACCAUCAACAAUCUCGUAUUUUAUUACAUUUUGAUAAAGUUGAUUAUGAAACUGUUGUUUAUAUAAAUCAACAUCUCGUUGGUUUGAGACAUUUAGGAGGUUAUGAUCCAUUUUCACUUGAUAUAACAUCGUACAUUAAAAACAAUGAAAAUAAUGAAAUAAUUGUACGUGUUUGGGAUCCAUCAAAUCAUUGGUAUCAAGCACGAGGAAAACAAAGAUUAGAUGUUGAUGAUCCUAAAUCAAUUUUCUAUACACCUUGUUCAGGUAUUUGGGGAACUGUUUGGUUAGAAAAAGUACCCUAUAUUCAUAUUGACCGUUUACAAUUUAUCACAAAAAUUUCAUCAACAAAAAUUCAUUUGAAAUAUCGUAUUGAUUUAAAUGAACCUUCCGAAAAAAAGAACCGUCCAUUAGAAGAAAGAGAUGAACAAUUAAAUAUUCCUCUACGUAAUUACGAAAAUGAAGGUUAUCAAUUAAAAUUAAUUAUUCUAAAACAAAAUCAAGAACAGUUAAUUUCUUUUACAACAACUAAAAUAAAUCAAGACGAUAAAAUCAUUUUUUCCUUAUCAGAAAUUAAUUUAUGGUCACCUGAAGAUCCGUAUUUAUACAAUUUAAAAAUUGAUUUGUAUAAAAAAGAUUCCUUUAUCGAACAUAUCGAUAGUUAUAUUGGUUUUCGGCAAAUUUCACUUUGUUUAACACGAAAGAAAAUUUGUCUUAAUCAUAAACCAUAUUUUAUGUUUGGUGUCCUUGAUCAAGGCUAUUGGCCCGACGGUCUUUAUCGUCCACAAACCGAUGAUGCCUAUAGACAUGAUAUAGAACAAAUGAAAAAAUUAGGUUUUAAUACAUUAAGAAAACAUAUGAAAGUUGAAACAUCACGAUGGUAUUAUUGGUGUGAUGUAUUGGGUAUGCUUGUUUGGCAAGAUAUGCCUGCUGGAGAUUCUUAUGAUGGUUAUGAAGUUGAAUUCGAAGAAGAUAAACAAUUACGAUUACAUCGUGAUUAUGAAACAAAUUUUUUUCCUCUUGUCGAAGAAACCAAUGCAGCGCAACGAAAUAAUAUCGAACGACAAUAUCAAUCGAAAAUUCAAUUUGAAUAUGAAUUAAAAAAUAUGAUUGAUUUUCUUUCAUUUCAUCCAUCGAUUGUCGUAUGGGUUUUAUAUAAUGAAGCAUGGGGACAAUAUGAUACAGUACGGUUAGGAACAUGGCUGCAAAAUUAUGAUCGAAAUAGAUUAGUUGAUGCUGCUAGUGGAUGGCAAGAUCGUCGAGGUGUUGGACAUAUCAGAGAUAUUCAUGACUAUACAAAAUAUAUUUUAUUACCAUCAAUUGAUUAUCAUCAUCGAGCAUUAGUCAUUGGAGAAUGUGGUGGUUUUGGUUUGAUGAGUUCUGGAUGGAGUUAUAAUCUUUUUGUCGAUCGUCAUUUUAUGACGUAUGCAUUUGAACAACUCAUUAUUCAUCUUUCGACACGGUUAUCAGCAAUGAUUUAUACUCAAUUAUCUGAUGUCGAACAUGAAAAAAAUGGAAUACUUACUUACGAUCGUACAACCAUUAAAUUCAUUCCUGAUCAUAUGCAACGUGUAUUACAAAACGAUUUUUCACGUUUAUAUAACCUUGCACAUAUUUGGAAUCUUACUUCUAUACCGUACAUUAACUAUACUCAAUUAUCUUUAUCAAGAUCGUUUUAUCUCAAUAUUGAUCGAAACCUAUCAGAUUUUUAUCGAUUUUAUUUCUAUACAUGCUAUUUAAAUUCAUUGGUGAAUAUCACUAUUGAUAAACAUCAUUCAAUUAUUCUCGACGACACAUAUCAAAUAGAAAACUAUCAUUAUAUACCUUUACCAACUGAUCUAUUUCAAGAUUCAUUAAAUCAAGAACAUUCUAUUAACAUUUCUCUAAACUAUAUAUCAUCAGUGGAUCGUACUGAAUAUACUACUCAUGUUACAUUUUUUGAUUUAAGCUAUCGUGAUGCAGACGGUCUAACAGCAUUGAGUAUAGCAGCUGGCAAAAAACACAAGCCUCUUACUGAAAUUUUAGCUUCAUGUCCCGAAGUCGACGUAAACAAAGCUUCAUCGUCGGGUAUUACACCACUGCUAAUGGUUGCCGAAGUCGGUUGGCCAGAUAUACUUGAUAUAUUAUUACAACGUGGUGCUAUUGUUGAUUCAGCACCAUCAGGUAAACGAGCUGAAGAAAAUAAAAUAGCUGGUUCAACACCGUUAAUUGGUGCAACGAAAUAUAAUCAUCCAGAAUGUGUUAAACGUUUAUUAGCAAAUCAUGCUAAUCCAAAUCAUCAAAAUCAAUCGGGUAUAUCAGCAUUGAUGCUAGCAGCUGAACAAGGAUUUUUUGAAUGUGUUAAAUUACUUGUACAAGCAGGUGCUGAUCUUGAAUUGGCACCAAGUGGUCCAUUGGCUUUAACAAUGAAUUUAUGUGGUCAAACACCAUUGUUUUGUGCGGCUAAAGAAGGUCGAACAGACAUUGUUAAAUAUCUAUUAGAUCGUGGAGCUAAUCCUCGUGUUCAAAAUCAUUAUGGUGUUAGUGCUUUAUGGAUUCCAGCACAAAAAGGCAUGUUAGAUGUUGUUGAAUUAUUAUUAAAUGCCGGUGCUGAAACACAUGUUGCUCCAUUUGGUAACUUAGCCGAUGAAUUAAAUAUAACUGGUUGGACACCACUCUAUGCAGCAAUGAAAUCUCGAAAAUUUGAUGUUGUUAAAUUACUACUAAAACGUGGUGCUGAUCCAAAUGCCGUUACAAAAUUAGGUUCAACACCAUUUUUGCUUGCAUCGGAAAUAUGUGAUCUAGAUAUAAUUGAAGCAUGCGUUGAAGCUGGUGCUGAUCUCGAUUUUGCACCAAGUGGUCAAGAUGCUGAUAAUUUAAAUAUAACUGGUCAAACAGCACUUUUUAUGGCCACAUUAAAAGAUCGCGUUGAUGUUGUGAAAUUUUUAAUACAAAAAGGAGCACAUGUUAAUGUACAAAAUCGUUAUGGCGUAUCGCCAUUACUUCUUUGUGCUGAAUCGGGUAAUUUUGAACUUGUUCAAGCACUUGUACAAGCUGGAGCUGAUGUCAAUAUAACACCACAAGGCGAAUUAGCUGAAGAUAAUUUUCUAGCCGGGCAGACGCCUCUCUUUGGUGCAGCCAAGAAAGGCCACGUAGAAAUAUGCGAAUAUCUAAUUAAAAAUGGUGCCGAUGUCAAUGCUAUAACAAUGACUGGUGCCACUCCAUUGUAUACAGCAACUGAGGAAGGUCAUUUGGAUGUUGUUCAACUACUAAUUCGUCAUGGUGCUGAUGUUAAUCGAUCACCAAAAGGACAAGUCGCACGUGACCUUCACAUCGAAAAUCAAACACCUUUAUUAAUAGCAUGUAUGAGAAAUCACGAAACUAUUAUUCGACAUUUAAUUGAAUCAGGUGCAAAUGUUAAUGUAACAUCUGAACGUGGUUCAUCACCAUUCCUUGCCAUAUGUCAACAUAAUAAUGUUGAAUUAGCAAGAUUACUGAUUCAAAAUGGUGCUCGACAUGAUGUUGAAGCAAAAAAUUUGUAUGAUGGAAAAAUAAAUGGUUUGAUUGUUGCUGCUGAAUCGGGUUCAUUCGAAACAUUACGUUUAUUAGUUGAAGCUGGUUUAGAUGUUAAUUAUAAAAUUGAAGGAAAAGGCGAAACAGCUGGUCGUACACCUCUAUUUUGUGCAUGUGCGAAAGGAUUUCAAGAUAUUGUCGAAUAUUUAAUCGAUCGAGGAGCUGAUGUUAACGGAACAGAAAAGAGUGGUUUAUCAUGUUUGCACAUCGCGUCCGCUAUGGGCCAUGCUGAUACAGUUCGAAUCCUAUGUGAACGUGGUGCCAAUGUUGAUCAACAAUUCCGUUUUGAAGAGCAAGAUGUAACUGCUUAUGAUUUAGCCGAAUCUCAGCAACAUGAUCAUGUGUGUCAAGUACUUAAAAAUUUCGGCGCACGACAGCCACCACAUAGUACACUACCUAGCCAUGUUGAACCUAAUAAAUAA